AUGCAGAACAAAAUUCAAUCCAUCUUUACCUUCUCUGGGAAGAGACCAUCCGACUAUCAUACUUAUGCAUAUUUUAAACAAACCUUGCAUAUUGUAGAUCCUACCAUUCUCUCUCAAACUCUCCGAGAAGUGUUUUCAAACCAAUUAUCUGAUGAUGACUAUCUUCCUACCUUUCAGAUAUUGUGUUCUCAAGUUGAACAUUAUUUUCAUCAAUUCGAAGAAUGUAAAUAUUCUAUUCAUCGGGAACAAAAACAACAGUCAUAUCAUAGAGGCUACAAUCAAAAGAUGGAAUAUUUGAGUAGACAGUUGGAACAAUUGGAAGAACAAUGGAAAUUAAAUUAUUAUGUGAUCAAAAAAUCCAUCACGAACGAUCUCAAGGUGAGGAUGAAAACACAACAAAAUGAUGCUCUGAUUGGAAAUUUAUUAAAAUAUCUCACACAACAAAUUGUGGAUGAGAUUAAUAGAAGUUUUUCACUUCCAAUGUCGUCCUCUGACUCAUCCAAUGACGAAGACAGUGAAUUUGACCCUCCUCAAAAGAAGCGAAAAACAGCAAACGAAAUUUUUGAAUCGAAUAAUAUUUCGAUAAGAUACAUUCUGGAGAAGUUGGAGCUUCAUCCUCUUUGUCAAUUGUAUUUGGAUAUUAUUCGAUUUAUUUGUAGGCCAUCAGACAAGUCUGCCUCACAAUACAAGCUAGUUUCAGUCACAAUACCUGAUGGAUAUACGGGAAAUGGUAGUUUGUUGGAUUUUCUUCCAUCUCUUCAAAGCUUCCAACAAAAUUAUUCUCGACUUUUACAUUAUCUAAAUACUACUUCUAGUGACUUUCUUUAUGUUUGUAUGGCAUUGGAAAAUCCAUUUGUUGCUUUACCCAUGUCAUUCUCAACAGUACUAAUGAACAUUGAUAACUCAUUUCAAAAACUAGGAGACCAAAAACAAAAGAUAUUCCACACCGAUGUGUUCAAUUCACUUGCAAAAUUUAUUAAUCAUCAGUGCAAGAGAGAGUUAAUGGUACUGAACCACAUGUGCAUUAAGAUUCCAGACUUGCCAAAAGCACUAAUUUUUCCUUAUAUCUCCGAAUUGAUUUUUUCCAAUGACAAUACAUGGAAUGAAAGGAAAGAAAUAAUCGUCACGAUGUUGUUAUACAUGAUGAGUGAGUGUGAUGGAAUUCUUAAAGUUAUUUUACCAGAUUUGCUUGAACUUUCAAAAAAACAUAAGGCGGAAUUUUUAGAAUUCUUUAAUUUACUGCCAUAUUCAAAUAUUGAUCGACAUGGUUUAGGUCCAAUCCUUGAAAUAAUUAGCGAGCACUUACAACAGAUGAAAGAUUUUUCUUUUGAAUAUCUCGUAACUCUAAAGCGUUGGGAUGAGGAUUCCUCAAUUCCUCAAAACCUGAGAGAUAAGUGCCAUACCAUCCUCAACUAUACCGUUUCUAUACUCCAAGAAGACUUCAUUGGCUAUUCAUGCAAGCUACAAGAGUACAAUUACUCUUUAGACACCUUCCAUCAAACUUCUCCUCCUUUUAUUUAUAGAUUGAAUUCGCUUACAUUCUUGAACUCUCUUCACUCCAAAACAGAAGAAAUUAUUAGCUUUGUAUUAGAGUCUUCCAAUGUGAAAGAAUCUGUUUGGUUCUUCUUGAUAGAACUUUUAGGACUUUCAGGAGGAGAAACUAUUGCAUCAAAUAUUUUGCUUCACUUACUAACUAGUUAUUACUUUUCCAGAAGCUCAAACGACAGAAAUGGCAACGCUACAAUCUUAUUUCUUAAACUAUAUGAUUCAUUCUCCAAAAAUUAUGCCAUCUUUGAUGAACCUUUUAUUGAAAAAGUUUUAUGGAUAGUUUCCACCUCAAACAAUGCUGAAAAGACAUGUACUAUUAUCAGCAAUCUAUGUCUGUGGAUCAAUCUUUUGAAAGAUGUAGCUGACCAAGAAGUACAUUACAAACCGGUAAUAUUUUACAACUUUAUUACGAGCUGGCAAAUUCUGUAUCCUUUUCUCUUUAGAAAUAGUUCAAUUGUGCAAGACCUUCCUCUACGCCUUCUUGAAUCAUUUAUUUCAAUUCUUAAAUCAAGUACAAAAAUUGAAGACACCACCACGCAUACAACGCAUACAGCAGUUAUCACUAUACCUGAACUUACCGCUAACCAAUUAUCACAAGCACUUUUGGCAUACUACUUUUUCCUUUUGAAGCCAACCUUUACAACCAAACAUCAAAGAAGACAUCAAUUAAGAAGUAAGCAAAGAUUGACUCACGAUUUAAUACCAACCAUUAUAAUUGAGCCCGAGACUGAUGUAGCAAGCACUUUAUACUAUUAUUACUUUGUUUUGAUUGUAAUGGAAGGAAGAACUGACAUUAUUGAAAAAUGCAGAAAUGUUGUUAAGGAAAUUAUUUCUGUGCUAUGUUCUCGAUUCGAGCAAGUGGCAUGUUCUACGUUUGACUUUUCUUUGGAUCUAAUAUUUUGUAAUCAUAUGGAAUCCAGACUUCAUGCCACAAAUGUGUUCACAUCAUCUCAAGUGCAUGAACAAAUCAAUUAUCCAUUACUCCACCAGAAGGACGCUCUUUCAAUAAUUAAUUAUUUCUUUCCAGAGGAAACAUCUGUAUUUUCUAAAGUUCUAAGUAACGAUGAUAUCAAAGCUGAGGAUAAGAGUACCAUCAUCAAAUUAUUGUUUAAGAAUGUCGAAGAAGAGAACAUGAUUGAGUUGACUCACAUUUCAGAAACAACGCCACUUACUGCAAAAUCAGAUCAUCAGAACUUGGUCACUCAAUUGGUUCAACCCAAACACAAAAUGUCGAAAACGAAAACAGUCCUCGAAGAAAACUUGGCUAUCAGAACAAAAGGUGUUGUAUUUGUUAAUCCAACCAAUGUUCACAAAAAGUUGAAGAACAAGUCAUUCACACUGAAGAAAGACACAUAUUAUUUCGACAAACACAAUGAAGAGGUUGUGAAAUUGAACAAAUCUCACAUUUUGAGCCUCUUUUCAAAAUGUCUGUUUUCUCAAACAGAAGAGAAUAACAUUUCAUGCACACUUCAAUUAGGAAAGCAACUCAUGAAGAGAUUGAAAUUGCAAAAUCCAAUUCAAACAAUACCUCAAUUACUCGAAUCUCUUCCAAAGAAACCCAUGACAGAAAGAGAAAUUGUUAUUGACAAGAUGUUCCACAAAUUCCCAAUAAUUUAUAGCUUGAUUGAUUUCAUUUCUUUAGCAUAUCCAAGAAAAUUUAUUGAAAUUGAAAACAUGGAGACAACAUUGAUCAGUCUAUUGGCAAAUGUGAUUGGAGAAUGGAAUUUGAGAGUGCUAUCAAACAAUAAGGGUUUUGGAUCUUCAGAAAAUGACAAACAUCUAAUCAUGAAGACCAUUCAAAUUACAAACGUAUUAAUUCGUGCUGAAUUGGUGAUUGAACCAAUGGAUCUCGUUACUGAAAUAAUUCCACACGUUUCUCCAAAAGAAGCUGUCGAUAUGCUGAUGGAUGUGUUUAGAUGCAUGGGCAAAUUGAAAGCCAUAUCUAGUGGUGCGACAACGUCUUCUGGUAGUGUCUCCUCCACAACUCCACCAACAAGCACACCACCAACCUUCUCUGCAGAUACCUCUUCCACCACUCCUCCUACAGUCAGCAGCACGAGCGAAGAAUUUGACAUUGAGCCAUACAUGGCAAGUAUUAAGAAUGCUUUAAGAAAUCAUUUGGAUCAAUUUGCUCCAAUUUAUGCCAGGUUCACUUCUGCAUCCAAAUCUGUUGUUAUUGCAACAAACAGCCAAUCAAGUCAGCAGCAAUAA